GUUCGUGCUCACAGUCGCUACUAGACUGCGUUCAUUCAUAAGUAGUUAAAAUUUAUUUAUGUGCGGAUGUGUCUUCGUCGGAAAGCGCCCAAGUUCAGUGAAAUUGAGAAUAUAUCCUAUUUUGUCGCCAGUGAUAGUGUUUGUAGCAUCGUUGAGUAGUGAAAAACAUUUCUUAUCCAAUCGCACGGAGGAAUUAUUUGCUUGGUGUUUCCUCGCCCGGGUAGGUUCGCUGGCCAACAAAGAAACGCGACAACGGGCGGAGAAUAAGAAGAUUAAUAAGUUGUUUCCAUGAGUAACAGCACAAAAAUUGGAAACGGAGGAAAUUUAUCGAGAAGAAGUGUACGAGAAAAGAGAUAAUUGUUUUCACUUGUGAUCCCCGAAAUCAAUGAUAGGAAGAGCACCAUAAUUGAAGUGUGAUUGCAGUGGCAAGAGCGCAGAAAAUGGUGUAAUAAUAAAGAGUGAAAAGUUAUUGCGACACCGCCUUUUUCGGCAAACAUAAAGUUUGAUCGAAAACCAAGUGUUAUAGUAGGCCAAAAAGAAAAUCCUUGCCACCUACGCUUAUGGAUGGGAAAAGGUUUAUCUGUCAAAUUAAUAAUGCCUACUCGAAUCGGUUCACGCCCAUAGCUAUUUGCACACAAUUAAUUCAUUGUGUCUCGCCAAAACAAAAGUGAAAUUAAAUCAGUCUGCUGCAAAUAGGCCAGGAUAGAAUCGGGCAGAGUGCUAUUGUGCUAAGUUGUGGCCGUCUUAGUCGUCGCUCCAGAUGAGUGUUGAACCAGCUUGAACGCGCAUAGGAAUACACCCCCUUCUUACUGGAAUAUAAUACGGAUUACAGAAGCUGCCCCCAAGAUGAGCGAUAAAACGACAGCGAAAUUCGAGCGUUUAGCAAUGACCAAGCCGGUUCCGAUGAAGCUUUUUGCGGCUUGGGAAGUGGAUCGAACACCAUCCAAUUGCAUUCCAAGAUUGUGCUCCCUAACGAUAACCAGACUAUCCCUACUCACACCACUGCCACCUGAUCUCACCUCACUUUCGUUGGCGGUUAAAAUGCAGAGCUCGAAACGUACACUUCGUUCGCAUGAGAUUCCAGUGCCCCACUCAUUGUGUAUUGGCUAUGGUAACAGCACCAGCGGGGGCGUGGCCGGUAGUGGUGGCCCCGGUGUAAUAGGUCAGAGUGGUCAGCUCAAUUCACCGCCACUGCUGGAAACGGAACUUGAUCUGCACUUCAGUUUACAAUAUCCUCACUUCAUAAAGCGCGAUGGGAACAGAUUGUUGAUUUUGUUGCAGCGGCGGAAGAAAUAUAAAACCCGUACUAUAUUAGGUUACAAAACACUCGCCGAAGGUGUAAUUAGAAUGGAUGCCGUGUUGCAAAAGUCGAUGGACAUGACGGUGGAACUAAAUGGAUCCGGCAAAGCCGGCCGACAGGGGCUGACGAUAGCCACUUUACGUGCCACCCAAGUUACUUCCAUUCCAGUAGAUCAAGACAAUAAAAAUAACAACAGUCUGCUUGUCACGGAUCGUGUUAAUGAGUAUUCCGAUGAAGAUGAAGAGCAAGAGUUCAGUUCUGGAGAUGACAAUGACGAUGGACUGUCUGGCUAUGCAGCGAAAAGAAAUUACGCUGGAAAACGAGAUCCUUACAAAAAGUUCGAUCGGGGUGAUAAUGAUGCAGAGGGCGAAGAUGGAAAUAUAUUACCCUCGAACCAGGUAGACAGUGACAGUGAUUUCGAUAAUUUAGGGAAAGAUAAAGGGUCUCGUGCUAAAAUGAGUCGUCAACGAAACUUCAAGCAACGUAUAAUAUCUCUGUUGAAAAGAUUCAAAGUUCCCGACGAGUUGGAAGGCGACGUUCAGGAGCGCGGCCCUUCACUACGAGGCAAACGUGAUUUGGAUGCACUUUUCCAAGAACUCGAAUCGUUGUCCUGUGGCGAGGGCGACGAUUCUGGUCAAGAUAUGGACAGUCUGUCAAUUGGUUCAACGCCAAAGCCAUCGUUGAGGCCAUUUUUCGAGAAUCCCAAGCCAACAUUGCAUCACCAGCAGUCGGCGGUACAGUUAGGCUCCUUACAGAAAACCACAAGAGAUAAUAUGCCAGAAAAGAAAACUGUUUUAGAGAAGCGUGACUCACUCGCCGAUAAGAAAAGCAAUUCUGUAACAAUUGCUAAUAAUAUUAAUAACAGUAUGAACAACAACAUUGUCAGUAAUAAUAAUCAUACUAGCAAUUACAAUAACAGUCUGAAUACUAGCCAAGAUCGGUCAGGUGACUGGAAAAACGACAGCUCAGGCAACGAGGGCGGUGCUGGGAAUACUGAUCCAGAGCCACUUUCAUCGGAUCCACAGAACACCGGCAGUCCCCCUAAGGAAAAGGAACCGACUGCUGUCGAGAAGAAAAACCGUCUAUUUCGCACUAGUAGCAGCACUCCCAAUAGUGCUAAGAAACAGAAGCAAUCACUAAGUUUCUCCUGUGGUGAUCAACCGAAACCGUCACCUCUGGAGACAUGUCUUUCUCCUACAAACGUUGAACCACGAAAAUCAUUACUGGAACAACUUUCGCGUACCUUCACCACUGAAGAAUCUCAACUGCCUGAUAUUGUCACCGUAGUUGGACCACCGGAAGCUAGUAGCAGUUCCUCUUUUACACCAAGACUCGUAUCACUCAUAUCAUCGACUUUUCGUCCGACAUUUUCGCCAAACAAUACCGCAGAGGUGAAAGCAAUCACACAAGCACUGAUGAAUAAAAUUCAAAAAUACUGUAAUUCGACCGCCAAACCGCCAACAACUGUCAAAGUACUCCUAGUUGGUGGAGAUUGGUUGCAAGGCGCAGUUUUGCGUCAUUAUGUUGAAUUGUUGGGUAUUCGUCCUCCAGACUGGGUCAAUCAUAUCAGAUUUUAUAUCGUUCCUUUAGGCUCAUGCGGAGUGGCGCGAUAUCUGAGUUUGAUUGAUUCCAGUUACUCAGGCAUGUUUGGAACAGAAAACUGGCUGCAACUAUGUGAGCGAGCGGCCAACAUUGAAAGCGCACAAACGAAAAAUGAGUCAACGGAAAUUAUCAGUCGGAUACAGCGAUAUUUACAUUCGAGCGGUCCGUGCACACAAGUUCCUAUCGCCGAAGCCAUGGUCAACUACAGGGAUGAGGAUUCGUGUCAAAUAUUCGUACCAUUCAUAAGCGAUGUCAGAAUAGGGUGUCUCGAUGGACCGCAAGUAUCACUUGAUUUAGAUGAAACAUUGGCACUCAGUUCACAGCAAGGCUCCGAUCGAAUAGUAUCAAGUUCUCCUCCACAAAGCGGUCGAGCUUCGCCCCCAGCUCCGAUCACGCCUGUUCUCACGACCCAGUCAUACGGCAGUGGGGCACAAGAAUCGUUGGAAUUGCAAAUAGAUUAUUGGCCAUUGGCACGGCCUGUUUUAGAUUUGAAAGAUAAAUCACAGGGCAAGGGUCAGGAUCCAACUGGCAAAAACAGUAUUAAAAGUACAUUUAGACAUUUACAGGUGUGGCGAUUACCCUUGGCUCCCAAUAAUGGAGAAUACACCAAUGGCUUAACUCUGAGUUAUGCUACCAAGGAGAAAAAACAAAAAAGUGUCAUGCGAUUGGGCAAAAAAAAGGAAAAAGAUCGCGAUGCUGAGAAGGAACAAUGCGUGGAAGGAGUCGCACGGCUGAUUUGUUCACCAAAACAAUCGCAUCCUGUUCCAAUGCGAGUUUACAUUGAUGGUACCGAAUGGACAGGUGUUAAAUUCUUCCAAUUAUCGUCCCAGUGGCAAACACAUAUCAAAAAUUUCCCCAUUGCAUUGGUCGGUGCACCAUUAGCAUCGGCCGAAAUGUUACCCUAGUCAGUUUCCUCACCCGCUAUCGCGGCGGAUGUUGUUAGAUCUACUAUAAUGGUACCAGCUGCUGCUGUUGCGUCGUCUGCGCCACCACCGAUGACACAUGAGUCGUCGUCGUCAUCGCAUUUCAUCGCUGCUGGGAAGUCCGGCAAAAUCCGCUGCUCCUCUAGCUCAUUUGCUUUUGCUAGAAAUGAAGAUAUCAACAGAUUUGGUGGCGACUCUGGUAGGACAGCUACCUCUGUUUGGGCUACUGCUAGCGAUUCCUCUCGGCCUCAAAGCUGGACCGCAGCAAGUCGAUCUCGUUUCGAUUGAAUGUGCUCCAGUAAAGAGAAGUAGUCUAACUAAUGUGUGCUACACUUGAUGUUCUGUGUACAUUGGGCCUGAUCACGAACGUCUUCGUCAGGCCCAUUAAGUCUGUUUAGUAGGAAGCGGUGAAGAUUUAUUUCUUCGGACCUAGCUCAAAAUUGUGCGAUAAACUUAGUUUGUACGUGUCAUAACUGAAUGUAAUUUUGUUCAAAUCCAGAAAGAGUGAGGCUUCAACUAUUUGUGGUAUGGUGGAAUAGUGGGCUCAAAUACUUGAAUUAGUACAGGCAUGACCUUUUUUGCUAUUUUGAAUUUUUGUGAAAUUAUUACGUUUAUGCAUUUUCCGUAUAUAUUCAUGUGUAUAAUAAUUUAUUGUUGUCAUGCAACUAGAAACACAAAUACGAUGUUGUUUUAUUUAGUGAUACUUAACUGUGAACUCAAGCAGGAAAUGUCCUGGAGAGUUCGAGUGUGUUUGUAUGCCCCUAAAGUCAUUGUCAUUUUUUUCGUUCUGAUGGAAAUUUUCGUUUGGUUUCGAGACGACAGCGAAAUAUCUUCAUCUAUGUAAAAUGAUAGAACCAGUGUUAAGGUCACGUUAUCCGGGUUUGUCCACAGUACUACAGCAUUGAAUUAUACAUAUUUGAUUACAGUACACCUAUUAAAUUUUAUAGAUAAAAAUUCAUCAUGUGUUCAUGAUUCCCUAUACGAAUUCAUUAUAUAUUUUAUGUUGGCUUUAAAGUCCCACAAUCGUAUUGCGAUACAAUAUUCAUUUGUACAGAGCGAACAUCUUUCAAACAUUAAAAAAAAAACAUAUGGCGAUGGCGAUUCCAUCAGCCAAUUGAAACAAUUAUUGUUCUUUCUCAAAUACUGUGGAAGUAUCAGAAAGAAUGCGCGCAUAUUUUGAUACUACUAUGUUUCAUUAUCUUUUAAGGUAAGUCAUGUUUUUACUUUGUAUUGUGAUAAUGAGAAACAAAAAAAACAAAUAAAUAAAAAAUAGGGCCUCAAUCUCAGAACUAUCAUGUUAUGGAAGCUAGUCUGAUUUUAAGUAAAUCAAAUAUAACUGAUGAGGAAAGAACGAAAAAUAAAGAAACAGAAAACAAUAUGACUGAUAGUGUUUUGAGCACGUACUGGAUGGUUAGUAAAACCGAUUUGUAACAAUAAUAACAAUACUAUAUAAAUAUAUGUAGAAUCGCCAGGGUAUUAAAUAUUCAUGUUACAGAAAGUGAUCAUUGUCUGCGAAAAUGUAUGUAUAUAACUGUCACAUCCUGUUUAAACUCGAGGAUUUUCCUCGUAUUUACCUUUCCAGUGCUUUGAAUAGGUAAUAUUUGGGCACGGAAUCGAUUAUCAGUAGGAAUAUCUUCUCGCGAGAUACUUAUUCGUUUUUCAACCAAUCAUCACACACACACACACACCAUUAGUCGCGUAAUUAAGAUGUGCUGGUUCAAGCACCAUCAAUGAGUAAUCUGCUUUCUUCCCUGCUAAAAUCGUAACUAUUUCACGUCUAUAAGCGCUAUCAAUCCAUUAUAGGGAUAAUUCGUAUGCUCACUUUCAUAGGGUAAAUGUUAGAGAAAUUGUAUGAAAGCUCUUUUCAAGUCGCCAUAAAAUGCAUAGGUUUAAAAUCUAACCGAAGCAUACACAUAAAAAACGAAAGCAUAUUUGUAUAUAUGUUUUAGGAUACCAUGAAAUGUGAAAUUUGUCGAACAGCAAUGCAUAUAACAAUAUGGAAAUAGAAAAUAAAUGUGAUUUUUUUUGUUAUUUAAAA